ACAUUAGUAAAAACCAAAUGUUAUCCAAACAUAGAUUUUUUUGGCUGGUUUUCCUAAAUUUCAUCUCAAAACCUUAAAAUAUUUACCUUCUUUUACUCCAAAAAAUGAUUUUCCUUCAUCUAUUAAUUUUUUUUCCUUCUCUUUUCCUAUUCUUUUUUUUCAAAUUUCUCCCACCCAUUAUACCUUAGUCUUCAACUAGUACAUGUAAAUAUUUAUAGAAUAAUAUCAUAAGAUAGAAUAAAAAGGGGAAGAAAAUGAGUCUCAAUUGUUGCCAUGUUCUUCAUAGAACGGACUCAGAUCAAGACCUUAGCAAGAGACUAAUAAGCCAUGAUGAUAAACCUAGCACUCCUAAGAACAUAUCAAGCCUAUUUAGUCACAAAAUUUUGGCGGAAAGGAAUUGGUCAGGAAAACUUAUGGCAUCCCCUCGCGACAAAAAGGUUAAAUCAAUGGUAGGUGGUGCAACUCCUAAGAAGUUCAAGGCUCAUCACCGUAGGUAUGGAAGCACAGGAGCUUUGUCAUACGGAGGUGAGGGCGAUGAUCUUACACACGAGCCGAAGUUAGUGAGGAGUGGUGGAUUAAGAAGGGAUUGGAGCCUUGAGGAUUUGGAAGCUGAGCUGAGAGAUGGCAAGAGAUCAAAGCAAAGAAGGAUGAAUGGAUUCUCCUUAAACAACAAAUAUUAAUUAAUUAAUUAAUUAACCCUAUUUUGCAUGAUGAUAACUAAGAAGCUAAUAAUAAUGUAUUUAUGCAAUUUUGUGUUAUUUGGUUGAAGUUAUCUCAAGGGUGAAUGGGUGGGGUGGAGGUAAAAUUGAUGGAUGAGGAAACUAGGAAAGGGAGGUAUUGUUUUGUGUGUCGUUCUAAUUUUAUUAGAUGUCUCUCGACUAGACAUAAUUUCAUGUACAACGUAAAACUAUUACGUACUAGUUUUGUUCCAUUAUUAU